UGAAUGCCGACAGGGUUACAACGUGUUUCACUUAUGUACAAGAUUGGUGCUUCUACUAUCUCGAAGACUGAGAGGAUGCGACCCUGACCGUACGCCUUUGUUGAAAGUUGUAUCCUCGACACCGACAUAGCGUCUCUUCUGCAAUCCGCUUCCAACCACUUCUCACCUCGAAUACCUGGGCCUCCUUCACACCCGCUGCAAGAACCAACCAGUUCCUUUGUUUCUUGAGGUCUACUUUAGGGGUAGAAAUCCAUCACCAUGCAGUCCGGAAUCACAGCGUCCUCCGACCUUCACUCAGCAUUCACCACCUUUACGAGCGACACUUCUCUCUUCUGCCUCCCUGCAGGCAUAACAUCCGAAUCCCUCACGCCUUUGCCAGCAAUCCGCUUCCCUUCCUCUCAUUCCGGCCUCUUCAAUAGUAUCCAUACCCUCUCCGACCUUCUCACGCCGACCGACCCCCUCUAUUUGUUCUUACGUCGUGCUCCCAAUUCCAGUGAGCUGAUAGCAAUAACAUAUGUCCCCUCACGAGCCCCUGUGCGGCAAAAGACUCUCUUUGCUUCCACGCGUAACACGCUUAUGCGCGAGCUCGGUUCAGAAAAGUUUUCCGAGACCGUCUUUUUAACCGAGAGGGAAGAGAUCCUCGACCCCUCGCAAUGGGAUGAACGUUCCAAGGGCUCUGCGGCCGCGAGUGGUGGGGUCCCGACCCCCAGUUCAAGAGGAGCUGUAGACACCGGGCUUCUCAGUGCAGAGGAGAGGGAGCUACAAGCCGUAAAACGGGCCGAGGAGGAAGAGCGACAUGGCACACGAGGGAGGGAUCUGAUGGGCGAGGGAGGAAGUGGUUCAGGACAGGGGAAAGGUGGUGUGAUGAUGAAGAUUGCAGAUGAGGCCAAGUCUGCCUUGACGGGGUUUAAAGACAGCGACAGCUCGGCCGGCAACAUGGCCGUCUUUGGAAUUGAUAUCGCUACAGAAGAGAUCCGGCUGCUAUCCACGAAUUCUGAUGUUCACCCAGGAGCAGUGGCUGGAAAGAUCCCGGGCGAUCGACCGAGUUAUACGUUCUACAAUGCACAGGGUGUUCCCGGAAGUAUAUUUAUUUAUGUGUGUCCAGGGACAAGCAAGAUCAAGGAAAGGAUGGUUCAUGCGAGUUCAAGGCUGGGAAUGACCAAACUUGCUGGGUUUGAAGGUGUUGAAAUUGUGAAAAGACUGGAGGCCGGAGAUCCGGAAGAGUUACUCGGUGAGAGGUUAGAGCAAGAGGUCAAGACUUUGAUCGCGGCCGCAGGUGUCACUGGUGGAGUCGGUGGUGUAGAAGGCGGCGACAGCUCGGCGCCUGGGUCGGGAACAGCAACACCCAGAGGAGGAUUUGCCAGACCAAAGAGACCGGGGAAAAGGUGACCAAAGAUGAAUUCUGUGCGGCAGCAGGGCCGCCGUCCCAGGGGAUGAACUGGAUGCCGCAUUACAGACAUGCAAACCAACUGCUCUUUUUCAAAUCACAUAUGGAGUUGAGAAGAAUUUCAAGAUAAAAGCAACCGGCAGUCCUGCUCAAGGGGAUAUGACGGCAAAAGCGAAGAAUCAAUUGAAACCA